AACCUCUCCCCUGCCCGCCGGGGGGGGGGGAAACGGGUCGUGGGAGGGCACCUGGGGGAAGGGCAUACAUGAGUACAGCUAUGGAUCCUGAUGACAUAGGAGAGCUGGCAAUGGAACUUCAAGGGAAGACUGUUGGUGGCUGGGGCCUUGUGCAGCUUGCAGCAGGCACAGGUUUUGUUGCCUAUGUUGUGUGGGCCAGAGUUCUCAUGCCUGGCUUCCGCAGAGUGCCUUUAAAGUUACAGGUGCCAUAUGUACCAUCAAGUGCCAAGCAAGUUGAGAAUGUGAUGUCACUGCUGAAAGGACGCUCUGGGAAGAUGGUGGAUUUAGGAUCAGGAGAUGGCAGAAUUGUAUUAGAAGCAUAUAAACAAGGCUUCAGACCAGCUGUUGGCUACGAACUCAACCCCUGGCUGUUGAGACUCUCCAACUAUCGCGCCUGGAGGGCUGGGUGUUACGGGAAGGUUUUCUACCAACGGCAAGAUCUAUGGAAGGUAAACCUGUCUGACUGCAACAACGUCUCUGUGUUCCUAGCUCCCAGUGUGCUACCUCUCCUAGAAACAAAGCUGCUUGCAGAACUGCCGGACGAGGCCUGGGUGGUGGCUGGACGCUUCCCCUUUCCCACCUGGAUGCCAACUACCAGUGUUGGAGAGGGUAUAAACAGAAGCUGGGCCUAUGACAUCAAGACUGUACGGCAAACAGGGCAGAACAAACCUGAGGGAUGCCCAGAAUGAGUCAAGAGCUCAGCUACAGCUGGGGUUUAUAGCUUGGACAAUAGCGUUGGAGCCUCUGCCGAUGUGUGCGCUUUUUUAGCCCCUCAGAACUGCUCUGGAGGGCAAAUGCUGCCAUAGUGUGACAGCUCAGCUGAAUAGCGCAGCAAGCAUGGGGGAGGAGGGGGUUGCGAUGAGCAGGGAGGGGUGAUGAUUUGUCAGACUUUACCCCACAUGCUCUGGCUUCCCUAGAACCAGAAUCCUGGAUAGCCUUUGAACUGGGGAAUUAGGCUGGAAAUCCCCAAAGAACUGUCACAAGACUGAAGAGCUGAAUCUUUGAUUCUUGUUUAAAAUAACUCAUUUCUCUUAAUUUAUUUGCAAUUAAUUUUCUAACAAUAAAAGGGCUGCAGGACUCAGUUCAUCCUUCUGGCAGGGCUGGGGUGGUGCCCGCCCCUCACUGUAGACAGAGCCAUUCUGGACUGUGUUCAGAAUUCCCUGGGAGGAAGGCUCAGUAAUGCAGCUUCUCCAGGUCUCUUUUUUUUCUCCCUGAAAAUCAAUUCCCUGUAGGUCCUCCUCACAAUCACCACCCAGCAGGUCCUUCUCCAUGGAACAAUUCACCAUGAGUGCAGAGCUGAAAAGUCUCCUCAGUGCCCUGUGCAUAAGAGCAGCUGAGCUCAAAUCCUAACCUGAACCCUACCUCUACUCCUCUCCAGCUCAGACAGGGGCAAAGUGGUGGGAGUUAGCACCGGUGAAGCACAGCACUUUGCAGCUGUUACAAUGCUAAAGGCAACUGUCUAGCAGAAGGUGAAGGGAACCUGUUAAUUCAGGUGCAUAGUAAGCUGAGUCCACCAGCUCCGCAGUAGACUAAAGUUUUGGUGAUGGUUUGACUCACUGUGGUGCUGCACCACCCUGAGGUACCAGCAAUGGUGCUCUGCAGCUACUGAGCAUUUCUGCAAUGAAAGGGAAAUCUUUAUCUUGUUUUGUGAGGCUUCCCUCCCUCCAGCAGGCCAUAAAGGGGGAACAAAGCACUGAAUUUUGAUCUGAUUUUAGUAAAUUUAUUUACCUCUGUAGGGUCAAAUGUAUACUGCUGAUUGACUUCUCAGCAAGUCCUAGUCCUCUAGUAAGAGGGCCCCAGUAUGAAGAGCACUUGCUGGAGUGGAUUAUCUCUUGGUGUGACAGACCACUGAAUAUUACAGCCAGGCAGCCACUCAGUUUUACAUCCUUGUCUUUCCUAUGAUGAACUAAUGACUGCUGCUUGUCAGGGCCAUGGCAAAAGCUACAGUUCAUGACUGGUGGUCCUUUUGGAUCUUUGCAUUAAGUGAGGAUCAGAAGCCCCAGCACUGAAUGCUCUGGGUGCCUCGCUCCCUACAAGUUUCCUUAACCUCAGGAUCUCCUGCUUGUACCUGAAAGAAACAUAGGUUACAAAGAAAAGCAAUGUCAACCUUGCAUCAGUUGUGGUCAUAAGAACCCUGCUGAGGACUGAGAUUGUAAAGCCAAGUUGAGACUGAAGCCAAGUUCCCAAACACUAUCCAGCCAGGGGGAAAACUACAGCUAAGGGUAAUGCUAGAUUUGUCCCAACCCUGAACUGAUACCUAGGAACUCAGCCAAGGGAUUCCAUCAGCAACAAGCCUGGGAGUUACAUCAGGCAUGAUUUUGGUCCUCUGUUUUUAAGAGCAAUUAGUUGCAGUUGUACAAACUCAGUGUAAUAGCGCCUCCUGGUGGUGGUAGCACUAGUAGCUUUUCUCCCUUGCUGUGGCUGUGAUGAAUCAGUGGUUGACAGCUGACAUGUUAAAGGAGUUGCAAAGUGGAAAGGCUUUGAAUUCUAGACAGUCAUCCCCACUCACCCCCUCCUUAGCCUCCUACACAGUUUUCAUCAUCCCUAGGGUAGGUUGUAGCCCAGAGGAAGGAAAUAUUAUGUCCUUGGAAAGGACAGAUGCAAACUCCCUUGAUCAUGCUGAGCUACUGAUACAGCCAGCUGCUCUCACGGCUGGAUUCACUUUCAAAAACAUUAGCUGGGCUGCACUGUUGGAAGGCAGCAGUUAUAACAGUAUUCACCAGCCCUGGAAGUAAGUCUUGUGCAUGGGGCAAGGGACAGAUGAAGGGAUCCCCAUCUCACCUGGCAAGAUGCUUAUCUACAUAUUCCUGCAGCUCCAGCACCUGCUCUUCUGCCACAAUUGCCUGAGUCAGCAGCUGGCUUCUCUCCUUCUCCAGAUCCUCCUGGGGGCAGAAAUAACAAGGAGAGAACAAGAAGUGAUAAGGGAGUGCUUUGGGGGAAGCACUGGACUGGUGCUGACUCUCUCCCCUCUGAAGUCAUCAAAUCAGAGGCUACUGAAUUUCUCAUGCACUCUGACA